AUUAUUCUGCUGUUUUAAUUUUUGAGGAUCAGUAGUAUUUUUUUUUUUUAGAGUAUGAAGAUGGUGAUUUGUCAUCCUGGAUAAACAGAGAAAGGUUUCAAGGUUAUCUUAAUGUAGAUGGCUUUACGCUGUAUGAACUUGGAGAUACAGGAAAACUUGUGGCUAUUGCAGUCAUUGAUGAUAAAAACUCUUCAGUGGAACAUACCAGACUAAAAUCUAUUAUUCAGGAAGUUGCUAGAGACUAUCGGGAUCACUUUCACAGGGAUUUCCAGUUUGGCCAUAUGGAUGGAAAUGAUUACAUUAAUAGUUUACUAAUGGAUGACCUGACAGUCCCUACUAUUGUUGUAUUGAAUACCUCCAAUCAACAGUAUUUUCUACCAGAUAGGCACAUUGAGAACACAGAAGACAUGGUUCAGUUUAUUAACAAUAUCUUGGAUGGUACAGCUGAAGCACAGGGUGGUGAUGGACUUCUGCAACGAAUCAAGAGAAUAAUCUAUGAUGCCAAGUCUACUGUAGUGUCUGUGUUCAAGAGUUCACCACUUCUGGGAUGCUUUCUCUUUGGGUUGCCCCUGGGGGUCAUCAGCAUUAUGUGUUACGGAAUCUGCACAGCUGACACAGAUGGAGGGGUAGAUGAACAUGAGGCAGCUAAAAAGGAAAACAGUGACCGGGAGCUCACGGACGAAGGCAGUGAGGAAGAACAAGAGGAGGAAAAGAAUGGAAAAUAUACAGAACUUUCAGAUGGAGAGGUUAAACAGAAAGACAUAAUGGAAAAGAAAAAAGACUAACUUGUUUAGCAAAAGAAUGCUCUAAAAUUUCCAAAUAGACUUAUUUAUUGAAGGUAGUCAUUUAUUGAUGAUCUUCAUGAAAGAGGACCUUUUUGUCUGCAUUAUGGUAGUUUUGGCUUGCAUGUAUUCAAAUUUUCUCAGAAAUUGACA